UGGAGAAAGACAACCUUAAAAACGAGGAAGACAAGCUUGUGAGGCCAAAAUACAACUGGAAAGAUAUCACUUCGGAGUUUCUGGAAUCAUGUUCAGAUCUCAAGCUUGGUGAACUGAUGCAUGAUGAAGUGUUUGGUCUGUUUGAAGCGAUGUCAGCCAUCGAAAUGAUGGACCCGAAAAUGGAUGCUGGCAUGAUGUGUAACCAAAUCAAACGAAAAGUCAUGACUUUAGAGAAGUCUGUUGAAGCAGGGACUGUCAAAAUUAAGGAUCUCUCUGCUGAAGAGCAGAUUGGCAUAACAGACGCCACUUUAGCCUGCAUGGUAACUUGGCUAGAAGGCCAUUCUUUAGCUCAAACUGUGUUUACAAAUCUAUAUCUGCAUAAUCCUUACAUUAUUGAGGACAGGUGUACUAAGGCUAUCAGCAUGUGUUUCUUAAAGAUUGUGGACCUGAUUCGAGACCGCAUUAAUCGUGCUAAUGUGUUUGAGGAGGAAGACUUCCAGCCGAUGACAUACGGGUUUAAAAUGUGCGGAGACGUGACUGAUGUUCGUGUCAUGGGAAUGAUGAAGGAAGUAGAAGAUGAAUAUAACCGUGUGCUGAAAAACACAAGAGUGAAGUCUGGAGAAGAACGAGAUGCAGCCACCGAGAAAAAGCAUGAGCUGGCAGUGGCGGUUCACACCCGCAUUCGCUUUUACAGAUUAUUUCUGUCCAUGCUGAUUUCUUUCACGAAAGACAAAUGUGAAGGUGUGCCUCAAGCACAGAAGAUUCUCGAGCAAUUGACUGAGCUCGUUCCUAUCAUGAAGAAAACGGAACCUUUGGGAAUUCAGCCGGAACAAAGGGAGGUAACCAAAAACGACUAUCCAACAAUUAUGGGGUUUGAACCCAUCAUUAACCAACGUCUACUUCCACCCACUUUCCCUCGAUACACUGUCAUUAAAAGUCGCUCUGAGGCUCUGUCGUACCUGGAACAGUUAGCAGACAAACUGAAGGUGGUUUGUGCACUUCCUUCAGUAUCCUCCCUGCACAGCAUUCUAGAGAUAUUCCUGGACUUUAGUAAAUCAGCCCCUUGUGUGUUGUCCAGAUCACUGCUACAACUGACUUUUCUACCUCCGAGCAGGAAGAUUUUCGGCACGAUUACUGUUGUGGAUGCCAUUAAGGACACUAUUCGAAACUUUAUAGCACCUCCGUCUCUUAUUGCUAAGUCAUUGCUGUAUAACAACCCCCAGGCUAAAGAGUAUGUGGAUGGUUUCCUUUCACAUGCUGUGCGGCCAAUCUGUACCAUCUACCAGAUCACAGGACAUAAUCGUGCUCGACAGAGAGACAAGUGGGCUCAUCUGAUGGAGGACAUGGCUUCGCUUCAGGAUGAAGCUGACAAAGUAGAUGCUUACCUGCACAACAUCCUGAUGAAGACUGACCCAAGUCGUCAACACCUGGCCUGCUUUGGCACCUGGGUGUUGUACCACACCCUACAGGUCAUGAUUCACUACACACUGUCUGGUUUUGAGCUGGAGUUGUACGCCACAUAUGAGUAUCAUUAUGUUUUCUGGUACCUUCAUGAACUGCUGUAUGCCUGGCUUGCCUCGACUCUCACACGAGCCUCCAGCUUUCUCUCAGAGCACGAGGCUCUGACAGAACAACAGACGAAGGGGAGGAGUAACAAGAAGAACAAGAAGAAGAAAAAGCCAAAGCCGAAUGGUAAAGAGUUGCUGCUCACACAGGGGGCACAGCAACUCUGUGGUGGGUACUAUAAGGCUCUGGUCGGAUUUCGUCUCGAUGGCAAGAUGAAACAGCCAAGCUUUGAAUUUGACAGUGAAGAAGUGCGCUACACACACCGCUUCUCUCCCUUUGGUAAUGUCAUCACUCCCCCUAUGGUUCAGUAUACGCAGUUCUGCGAAAUGUCGGAUCUGAACCGAUAUGAGUUCCCGCUGUCUGCGGCAGAAAUGUACUCUAUGGCCUAUAAGUGCUUUUAUCAGGCUAAGGCUAUUUAUGAGUCCAUCUCCAACCCCAGUGAAGAGGUUCAAAAUCUGAUUAAGAUUGCCAAAACAAACUUUGUGGUCAUGAAAUUGCUGAUGGGAGGACACAAAAAGGACUCCCAGAGCCCACCUGAGUUUGAGUUUAACCACAGUAAAGUGUUUCCGGUCAUCAAAAUCUGAUCAUUAGAUAGAAUGACUGCCUACCUGUAUGUGAAAUACGAACUUUAGAAACCUAGGCAGUGAUAAGGUGUGUUUUCUUUUGAACAUAAGAGGGCUCACAAACUGCUAGUAUGGAACCCUGCUAUAACAUUUUUACAACAUUCUGUUACUAAUAAUGCACAUUCAUGGUCAUUGUAUUUUAUGUCGUACAAAUAAGAAAUGAUCACAGAAGUUUUGGGUAAUGUCAUUCAGGUGCUGGCCACUCCAGGAUUUCUAAAAUAUUAUACUUGAGCUUUUAGUGUGCAUGUAAAGUUGCAAACACAAACCAGAGUUGUAUUCAAACUGGGACUCUGACCUGUCCAAUAGGCAAAAGGUUAAACUUUAGUGUUUGCAUUUAAUAUCUUCUAAUAUUGAGUGCAAAUCAUCAAUUUUUGCUAAAAGACAUUUUGGAUCUUGUGGUGAUUUGUAUAGAUCAAUAUUUUGACUGGUGCAAAUUCGAGGUUGAGUUUUAAAAUGCUCCUGAAUACAUCCCUGAUGGGACAGCUCGGUUGUUUGAGUUUCCAUUUGCCUUGCAUGACCAGCCUAUAACUUAACCAAACCAUUGAAUCAAACUAUUAAGUGAACACAUUGCUUUCCUGCACC